CAAUAAGAUUAUAAAGAAGAAACACAACACAAGUACACACAACAGUGCCUAAAACAUAAACUAAAAAGAUCUACUGUACUAUAUAAUAAAAGUGCUUAGCAAGAGAGAACAGAGAAAGAGAGAGAGAGUUCAACGCACGCCUCUAACUAAGCUCUUCCCUAUUACGUAACUACAACGGCGUCGGCGGCGGUGGUGGCUUUUUCUGGCGGCGACUUUUUACUUUAGCCCUUUUAAUUUCUCAGCCUUUUUACUAUUUUUUUCAGAUUACGAAGAUGAGUGAGAAGCUUGUGUUGAGAAGCAGUAGUAGUGGUACUUGUGACUACUACCACAACUACGGUACUUAUGGAGCACCACCGUACGGAGAGUAUUUGGAGAAGAGACAGUUGUUUCUAAGAAGCUACCAGUUUUCAAGAAAACAGAGUUUCACUGAGAAAGUAUCAAGAUCUGUUAAGAGAGUGAAGCGAGUUGUACUGAGGAGACUGAGAUCAGCUCGAAGGUUGAAGUUGAAACGCGUCGUUUGGUGGUCUCGUUUCAGAUCGGCGUUUUACUACCGCCGGAGACGUUUUUUUAGGCUUCUUCACUUACAUGAACCUUGUUAUUGUUUCUAAAAAUGUUUUAUAUUUUUGUCUUUAAUUGUGUUAUGCUCAAAAUGAAUCAGAUUAAUAACGUUUAAUUGAAUGAAGAUUGGAUUAUC